AUGCGGGUAUGUCCACUUAUCCAUCCGACUGUACGAAUCGAUCGACGACGAAGAAGAAGAAGAAGAAGAGCAGAAGCGAACACGAAGAAGAAGGGAAGAGAAUUUCAAGGGCAGGCCUGCUCUCUGUGCGUUACUGCACUGCUCCAAUUUUGCUUGCGAUUUUUCUGAAAAUUUUCCUACAGUUGAAUCCUUGAGCAAUCGGUGCUAUCUCGACCCGAGGCAAUUAUCGUUUCAUAUCGACGAUUCCCCCCUCAUGGUGGCUGCCAGUAAUACGAGCAACUGAGUUUCUGGACCUGAUGUUUAGGAGCAACAACAUCGCUGCCAGGGUUUUUGAGCGCCAGAUUGUGACUCCGGCUCCGGGCACCAAUAUUCAUCGUGUCAGGCGGUUUUAUGAGAAUCUAGUCCCAAGUUGUACCAUAUAUGAUGUAGAAUGUCCUGAUCAUUCAUUCCGCAAAUUCACUGAUGAUGGUCAGUACCUUAUAACUUUCAGCAGAAAUCAUCAGGAUCUGAUUGUUUAUAGACCAACAUGGCUGUCAUUUUCAUGCAAAGAAGAAGAUUGUGAUACCCAUGACCUUCCCUUUAAAGCCAAGAGGUUUGAAAGCUUUUUCACCCAACUAUACUGUGUACAACUUGCUUCCGGCAGUGAGUUUAUAUAUAAAGAUUUCUUCCUUUACAUAGAAAGUAAUCAUUUUGGACUGUUUGCAACUUCAACUACACAAAUUCAUGAUGCACCUGCUGCUGGUGGAGCUAUUCAAGGAGUCCCAUAUAUUGAAAAGAUAACAUUUCACCUUGUGAGAUUGGAAGAUGGAGUUAUUCUUGACGAGAGGGUUUUCCGCAAUGAUUAUGUUAAUCUGGCCCAUGGUAUGGGUGUGUUUCUGUAUGACGAUUUAUUGGCUAUCGUGUCUCUCCGCUAUCAGACAAUACACAUUCUCCAAAUUAGGGACUCUGGAAACCUUGUUGAUGUUCGAGCCAUUGGGGAAUACUGUCGUGAAGACGAUGAGCUUUUUCUAAAUUCCAAUUAUCAGGUGCCUGCCAAUCAUGUUGUGAAUGGUCUUCAGCACAAUCACCCUAUUUCAGAUAGCUCUUUUCUGAGUGGUAUCAAACAGCGCUUGCUUUCAUUCAUAUUUCGUUCGAUAUGGAGUGAAGAAACUGAUGAAACGCUGAGAAUUCAGGACCUGAAGAAGAAGUUUUACUUCCAUUUCCAAGAUUAUGUUGAUUUGAUUAUUUGGAAGGUGCAAUUUCUGGACCGGCAUCACCUACUAAUCAAGUUUGGCAGUGUUGAUGGAGGGAUGGCAAGAAAUGCUGAUCACCAUCCAGCACUGUUUGCUGUAUAUAACAUGGAGACAACUGACAUUAUUGCGUUUUAUCAGAAUUCAGCAGAAGAGCUUUAUUUCUUAUUUGAGCAGUUCUGUGAUCACUUCCAUGCAAUGUCAAAGUAUUCAUUGAAUGUGAAUUUCAUAUCAUCUCAUUCAAAUAAUAUUCAUGCUCUUGAGCAGCUAAGGUGCAAUAGAAAUAAAGCCACCAGCUUCUCUCAGUUUGUGAAGAAGAUGCUGGUCUCUUUGCCUCUAAGCUGUCAAUCACAGAGUCCUUCUCCCUAUUUUGAUCAAUAUCUCUUUCGAUUUGAUGAAAAGCUGAUUUCUGCAACUGAUCGACCUAGGCAGUCCACAGAUCAUCCUAUCAAAUUCAUUGCAAGGAGGCCACCGUAUUCAGUGAAAUUCAAAAUUAAAGCAGGGCCUGAAGCUGGUAGCACAGACAGUAGGACAAAGAAAAUCUGUUCAUUCUUGUUCCACCCAAUUUUGCCUCUGGCUCUCUCGGUCCAACAUACUUCCUUUUUGCAGCCAUCAGUUGUAAAUAUCCACUUCCGCAGAUGAUUUCAUUUUCUGUGUUGUUGCCGGAUAACGGGAUAUCUAGCAAAAUUGUACAUACACAUGCACAUUAUUUUGCUCUUAUGCCUUAAUUUAACCACUAGUUGCAGACUUUUACUAA